AUGCUGUCGAGAAAGUCCUUCAGUGGUUACUUAUCCAUUGAUGCAAGAUGGACGCACAGGCGAAACUCGCCAAGUUGUACAGUAACUGCGCUCGAUGCUGUCACAAAAAGAGUUCUUGCAUGCGUGAACAUCAACCAUAUUGGUGGAAACAGACAGCAUGCUCAGUAUUCCGGAGCUUCCAACAAUAUGGAAAGUGCUGGAACUCGAAUCAUCUUGAAGCAAUUAAAGAAAUACAAUAUCUUGAAAGAUGUUAAAGAGAUUAUUAAAGACCGAGAUAACAAAAGUGUCUCUGUCUUUAAAGAAUUUGGCGUCUCUCAUCUUGAAAGAUUCGAUCCAGGUCAUGUAUCAAAAAAUAUCUCAAAAGAUUUUACAAAGUUCUCAGCUUCUCAUAAGACAGUUGAAGUUUUCAACGACAAGACUCAGAAGAUUGAAAAAAUAGAGAGACCUUUCUGGGGUCUGAAUGCAAGCCUAAGUAUGUGGCUUUGGUCAUGUUUUGCCGAAGAAAAUAUUGACAAACGUACGAAAAUGUGGGAGAAUUGUGUCUACCAUUACGUAGGCAAUCAUUCUUUUUGCGAACCGCACAAUUACAAAUGCUUUGAAUGG